AUGCGACCACUACCUAUGGGAAUCUACACGCCUUUGCCGUGUUUCUUCGGCGAAAACGAGGAUAUUGAUACCCAUGCUUUCCAGAGACAUGUGAAGUUCAUUGCGAAUGCCAGGACUAUCCCAGUAGUGUCCGGUUCUAUGGGCGAGGCUAUUCAUCUGAACCGCGAAGAGAAGAAGACGCUCAUACGACUUGCUCGUGCCUCUCUAGAUGAGAUAAAUCUGCAGGACAUUCCAAUUGUCGCAGGCGCUGGAGGAGCUAGCACCCGCGAGUCUAUUCAACUUUGCAAAGAUGCUGCAGAAGCUGGCGCGGAUUAUGUGAUGGUUAUACCUCCAGGGUACUAUGCCGGAGCCCUUUUGGCAGAUCCCACCGCAAUCAAGAGAUUUUUCGUGGAUAUCGCAGAGGCAUCGCCCUUGCCAGUCAUCAUCUACAAUUUCCCUGCCGUGUCGGGAGGAAUUGACAUGGACAGCGAUCUAAUAGUGCAGAUAAUCAAGUCCUCCGCUAAUGUUUGCGGCGUGAAACUGACAUGCGCCAAUGUGGGAAAAUUGACUCGCAUCAUGGCUCAGGUUUCGAGACCAGAAUUCCAAAACGCUUUGCCUCGGUCGUCAACGUUCCCCUUUCGGGCUAUCGAUGGUUUUAUUGACUUCUUGCUACCAUCCAUCUCGGUGGGUUCAGCGGGCGCGAUCAGUGGCUUGCCAAACAUAGCGCCGAAAUCCUGCGUAAGACUGUGGACUCUGUGCCAAGACAAGGAGUCCAGCAAAGAAGCAGCUGAGUUACAGAACUUGAUUGCUCUUGCAGACGGAGUGGCACUCAAGAUUGGAAUUGCGGGGAUGAAGAAGUUGUUGCAUCGUCGCUUUGGCUUUAUCAAGUCCGCAUCUGAAAGCAUUAUUGGAUUUAGAGGCCACACUGUGAAGGAAGAAGGCAUUUCUGCUCCGGUUCUGAAUGGUCGAUUGUACAAGUCCCGAAAAUGUCGACCUUGUGACGCUUGUCGCAGACGUAAAGUCACCUGUGACAUGCCCAAUGGCCCGCCAUGCCAUCGAUGUACUGGCAAAGAUCAACAAUGCACGUUUCAAGAGGGCCCAGGACCGCGAAAGAGGGCUAGACUAUGUGAACAAACCGAAACACUUGGGACUUGCGAGCAUCCCGACAAGUGGCUGCAUCUUCUCGAGAGCCGACCGAGAGAUGGACAGAGUGAGGAAGCUUUGUCGCCAGAGGAGGGUCUUCUGCGUGCUAUUGUAGAGGUGGAAUCAAGAAGCCCACAGACAAGCCACUCAUCUCUCAGCCAGGAUGGCACGGCAAGGCUCGACUCGCAAAACAGCGUCUCAUUCAGCCUGGGAGGAUCUCCCCCGGGUCAAGAACGACUAGCAUCCAGUGGUUCGCCUGAUCAAGUAGAUUCCCUUGAAGAUAUUCCAGGGGCAUUCAGUUUCUAUAUUGGGCCAACAGGAGUUUCCGAUAUCCAUAUUUUAAGCCACCAACCCUACAACGACCAGAAUAUCUCAAUACCAAAAGUGAAUGGUUUGAAAUAUCGAAUUAUGGACACCUCAUGUCAGAAAAAGAGGAAAACAAUCGAUCUCUCCCCUCCUACUGUUUUUGGUAUCACCGACCAUUCUCUCCUAAAGAAGGCGGAGCCAAAACUUGAUCCACAGCUUACAGAUAAUGCAUGGCCUCGCCUAUGGGCUAUGAUGAAUCCCACUGAAGCAUGGCAUCUCAUCAAGCUGUAUUCACGCUAUGUCGACCCCUACUUUCCGAUUCUAUCCAGUCAUCAAAUCCCAUCAUCACCACCCGAGCUGAGUAAAAUGCCAUUAGCAUUAUUAUCAGCCAUCUGCGCCACCUCGCUGCAAUUCAUCAUGUAUGACGAUAGUCUCUAUACAUUACUUUUAAACCCUCCCUCUAGUGAGCAGUUAUAUCGUCUUUGCUGGAUUUGCGUAUCGGAAGAACUUCACGCACCUUCUCUCGCAACGCUUCAAGCCUGUCUUCUCCUUCAACAGCGACUUCCAACGAACAUGUAUCUCUCAGAUACCGCUUUUGCAUGGUCACUUAUGUCGACAUCCCUGGCCAUUGCUCAAACCGUCGGGCUUCAUAGAGAUGCAGGAUCAUGGACCUCUAUUCCGCCAUGGGAGAAAAGGCUUCGGCGUCGACUCUGGUGGGGUCUCUAUGCCAUGGAAAAGUGGGUUGCCCUAGCACGAGGAAUGCCCAGCCACUUGGGUGAUGAUGAUUACGAUGUAUCCAUGCUCAAGCAGGAGGAUAUACAAGAUACAUUGUCAGACUCCCCGGAUACACAGAGUCAUAUACAUCAUCUGUCAACACUAUCCACAAUAUUAUCGGAUAUUCAACGAUCAUUUUACUCGGUAAAGGCGAUUGGAAAAACAUCCAAUGACCUCCAAUACUCCUUGGACUUAGCACGGCCAAUGCGCGUGAGGCUUAAAGACUGGCGAGAUAAUUUGCCAGAUAAUCUGAGUCCAACGCCUAAUGCUUUUUCUGCUGAAGACCUCAAUGGAAAUGGCUCACUUUAUCUUUCAUACAUAGUCACGCAUGUGACUCUCCUACGCGCUUUGUUACGACCAUUGGAUCAAUGGCCGACACUUAUCAAAAUAAACCAAGAGGAGGCAGAUGUGACCUACGAGGGCGCCAAAGCAGUUGUCAAAGGGGCGUUGUUGUGUGUAAAGGAGUUUGUUGAGUUCGUCGAAAAGCUUACGGGGGCUCAGUGGAAUGCAUUCUGGCAUAGUUGGAGUCGACCUAAUUUUGCCAUCGCUGGUUCCUUUAUGGUGCAUCUUCUACAAAUCGUCUCACCCUCCAACCAGGCUGAGGGUGAACAAAGGCCCGAGGUUUUAAAGUACUCAUUCGACGCAGAGCAUACCGAACUUCAAAAUUGGAUUCGGAGAUGGCGCUGGGCAACUCGUAUCUCGGCAAAUGGCGCAGCAGGGGUCAAAGGCUUGACAAAUCUCGGAUUCAUCAAGGUAGAGACACUGAUGGGGAACGGGACAGUGUAG